UCCUUUCUCUGUCACACUCAAGCAUAUUCAUUAGUCAUAGUGAGACAUACGGCUUGUCUGUAACGUGCCACCCGGCUUUCCUGCGAACACGCCUCCGCGCGAUUCUGCGCGUAAAAUUUUUACUCCAGCAGACGAGUUGCACACCGUUGCAGACGACGCGGUGACAGACGACUCUGCACUGGCGUCUCGUCAUCAGCGCGGGGGUCAGCGUCAAGCGCCCGGACGGUCCAAGUGACGGACGGGUGUCAAGACGUCACCAUGACGUCCAAUGUGGGCAUGGGGAUGCUGUACCGACGCUUCUUUGACGCUUACAAGAAGAAGGACCCCACCGUGCCCCCUCUGACAGCUGCCGCGGAGGCCACCGAAGAGUGGACUCGGGUGCGCGCCGAGCACCAAGACCAGGCCAUCUUCGAAGAGUCGAUUAACCGUCGAAUCGAGGCUUAUAUGGCAGAAGCGAACAGCAACACCAGCAACGGGGGAGGAAGAAGCACCAGAAGUCUUUCAGGAACAAGGAUUCCGAGUAACUCCAUUGUUAGUACAAGUCCUGAAUAUGGAGACUGCAAUAAUCUUUUGGAUGAAGAGAAAUGUUCCAGUGAGGAUGAACUCAACAUCCAUGGGAAGAGAAAAUACACCAAGCCGUCCCAAGAAACCUCCCUGAAAAGAAUUUAUGCCCUUGAAGCAGAACUAAAUAAUCUGAAUCAACGAAAAGAAGCAAGUAGUGCUGAUGAUGAGCUAGAAAGCAAAAUUAGAAUGGUCAAAAUGGAACUUGAUGAAGAGAGAAAAGCACUCAGUAAAAAAGAACGCAAUGCCCAGAGACAGAAAAAAUUCAGAGAAACAUUCAAGACCAAAAUAAAGGCAGCUUGUGCAGAAAACCCAGGAAUGGCUGUAAAACUUAAAAUUCGGGACGGGCCUGGACGUCCUAGAUUGGAAGAGAACCAACCUGAACUUCUGAAAGCCAUAGUAGAUAUUGCUGUGUCUGGGAAGUCAGAGGAAGAGAAACACAAAUCUGACAAAAUAAGAAGUUGCAAGACCUUGGACUCACUUCAUCAAGAACUACUAAAAGCAGGAUUUUCUAUCUCCAGGAGUGCUACAUAUUUACGUUUACAGCCCCAAAAUGCAAACACCCGAGAGGGUAAAAGACAUGUAGCCACAGUACCAGUCACUUUAAACGACACCAAAGAAGUGCAGAAAGGCCACCCUGAUCAAGAGUUUUGUGCUGCCACUCUGAACUUCUUGGAUUCUCUUGCCUCCUUACUAGGACCCCAGGAAGUUUUCUAUCUAACUCAAGACUGUAGAGCAAGAGUAUCCCUGGGAAUGACUGCCCCAUGCAAACAAGCACCACUUUUGAUGCGAAUGGAGUACAAUGUGUGCUUUCCUGAUACUCAAUCUCUUCUUGCCGACCAACAAAAGUUAAUCCCCUCUAUAUAUGGAGGUAUAGUUAUAAAUAGUCAGAGUAUGGGUGAUGCCCAGGCUGUUCAAUUUUCUGGACCUACUUAUGUUGCCAUAAGGUCAGGAAGUCAAGAAACACCUGCAGCAGAUGCACAUGCCUCUGAUUUUGACAGACUUUUACAUUUAGAGGCUUUCCGCAGCAUGGCCAAGAAUGAUCACGGAGCUGUAAAGCCAGUAAUAAUUUUAGCAAUUAAUGGUGGACCUGAUGAGAGUGCUCGUUAUGCAAAACAGAUUUCACGUGCUAUCAAACAUUUCAGAGAGUAUGACCUAGAUGCUUUAUUUCUUGUCAAUGAUGCACCAGGGCAGAAUGGACAAAAUCGUACUGAAAGGCGAUUAGCCUCUCUUAGUCAACAACUGACAGAUCUUGUCAUUCCCCAUGAUCGAUGUGGAAGCCAUUUGGAUGAUGAAGGUCGAUCUGUCAAUAAAGAAUUAGAAAUGGAAAACUUCAUUGGUGCAAGUAGAAUCUUGGCUGAGGUAUGGAACUCGACUGUAAUAGAUGGUCAUGUGGUAUUAGCAGAACAAAUCUCAGGCCCUCAGUGGAUCACUCGGAUAGAAGAAAAUGCAGACUGGUAUUGUCGACAUGUAAGGGAAUCUCAAUACCUCCUUCAAAUUGUGAAGUGUGGUAAUCCAGAUUGUUGUGGUAUGCUCAGAAGUAGCUUACGUUGUAUUUUGCCUGAAGGUUUUCUUCCUCCUCCUUGCAAAUUGUGGCAAAGCUCCUCUGGUUUGGUAGCAACUGAAAGGGGGAGCCAUGCCAAAUUUUGCCCUCUAUUUCUUCGCCUGUCACUGCAAAUAAAUCCAUCUCAAAAGAAUUUUGUAAAAACACCAUAUGAUUAUUUCUGUCCUACUGUAUUGCCUCAUCUAGCUGAUAGAACAUGUUCAAUGUGUGGAUUGUAUUUUACUUCCAAAAAGGGUGUUGUGAAGCAUAAAGAGCUUGUUCAUGGAAUGUUCUCAGAGCCUUUGUCUAAAAUACAACCCGCUUGUGUUCUGGCCAGAAGAGGAAAAGAAUUGUUGUGUCUCUUUCGUGAUGAACCCUCAGGGGCAGAAGAUGCAGAAUGGCUUGAUGAAGAUGAGGUUGACACUGAUGUAAAAUUAACCUUAGAGACUGAGACAACUUCACAUAUACCUAUUGUAGGAUCGGCAGUGGACUGGCUCUCUAGUCCUUGGACCAAUUUCAUCUAAUCGUGAAGGACAUUAUAUUAUAUUAAGUUUUGUAUUUUCGUUUACCUUUUAAAAUACUGCCAAUCAUUGUGUUUUGUUAUAAAUAUGGACUUUCUUGAUGUUUGUAGUCCUCUCAUAUUGAUUUUAAAUGCAUUGUUUUACUUGUUUUUAGUUAUAUAUUUUUUGUUACUAUUACCUCAUAAUGAAAAGGUACUUUUAUUAAGAAUAUUACUAGUUAUUGAAGUUUAUAACAAACUUAAGUGGACCUCAAAAGCAUAUGUGGUGAUUCUGGUUGACUGUACAAGUUUUGACCUGAAAUUUGUUAAUGAUGGGAUUGAUGAGAGAAUUAAAGCACUGUUGAAACUUGUA